AUGACGGCUCUAACUGAAGAGGCAGCCACGACUCUAACGCCCCCCGUCACAGCCCAGCAAAGUAACUGGACAGUUAACACAACAGAAGCUGACUACACAGAAGGACCCAUAGCCUUGAAGUUCUCACAUCCUUGCCUGGAAGACCUCGAUAGUUACUGCAUCAAUGGUGUUUGUGCAUUCCACCAUGAGCUGGAGAAAGCCAUCUGCAGAUGUUUUACUGGUUAUACUGGAGAAAGGUGUGAGCACUUGACCUUAACUUCAUAUGCUGUGGAUUCUUAUGAAAAAUACAUUGCAAUUGGGAUUGGCGUUGGAUUAUUAUUAAGUGGUUUUCUUGCUAUUUUUUACUGCUACGUAAGAAAGAGGUGUCUGAAAUUGAAAUGGGCUUACAACGUUUGUUCUGGAGGAAGACCACUGUGAGGCCUUUGUAAGAAAUGUUCAUGAGACAUUUGUAAAAAUCGGUGGACCCAAAACUGAAAUCUUCAACUGAAGCAACGAAACCUCCCAAGCUGACUAGACUUGAAAAUAAUGGAAGCUGAGAUUAUGAUGAAAUGAGAGAAUAAACCUCAUGUUGGUUUUUAGACUUUGCCGUCAUUAGAGUGCCAUGGGAGCCAACUGAACAAGCUACUGUGACAGAAGUCAAGUUCAUAGUCCUACUCUGAGUUUGUUGCUGUUUUGUGUGGUUAUUGUGCUCACGGCAGAGACUGAGUUUCCUGUUUCUGACCACGUCAGAUGUGAAUUUUCAUGGGAAUAAUGAACCUUGCAGCAAGCCGAGGCAAUGCCAAGCUUGGGUUCUUCACGUGCUUGCUCCCAGUAUUUUGGACCACUACUUUAUGGACCUAAUCCCAAACAUGCUGCUUUCACUGUGUCUAAAAGAACAUGAUGUCAACUGUUAGGAUGAGAUCGGUGUUAUGGUACCUCCAGUGAACCAAACAUAUUCCUGAAGUCUAAGCCAGAGAGAAGAAAAUGGAAUGUCCAAGGCAAACACAAAUCAUACCCAGUUGGUGACAACAGUGUGGAGCCUUUAUCUGUGAAAUACGGAAUAAGCUACAGAGUUUCUGAUGACUGAAAGCUAUCUGCAUAUUGAGCCCUGAGUAGGCAAAACAUUUCUGUUUCUGCAUGGAUUAUAAAACUUUUUGUUGGACUUAUUAGUCUCCUAAUGCUUAUGUUCAUCACUUCCUCCUAUUUUUAGCCGAAUUACCUGGUGACUAUCCAUUGGGACUGAAAUUCUAGAGUUCUACUAAUAAAUAAAAUUCUACAAUUGGCCCUGAAAUAGAAACUGAAGAGUUGGACAUAAGAAUUUUUCCACCAGCCGACAGCAUGUGGAAAGUUUCUUUACCAUUUCUGAAUACUUGAAAGGAGAUUUGCACAGAGAGAGAGAAAAUGAAACAAUGGUAGAAAUAUCUAUUUAGGAAUUAGGGUCCUUCCUCUUUAAUCAUGUUUUAUCCACAUAAUUCAAAUAGUCUUGUGCAGGUCCCUUAAUUUCUUUGGGCUUUGCUUUCAUUUUCUACAAGGCCCUUCUAGCUCUAAAGUUUGACAGUGGGAGACAAGAGAAAUUUUUCCACAUCUGUGCUGAAAGUGGGAUUAUUCUCAAUCCCACCUCUGUCCCCAGCCCCAUCUCUAACCCCAAAACGCACCACUGGAUAUCAUCUUAGAUGUAUAUUUUAGUGUUUCGUUUGUAAAAUAAUAAUUUAAGAAUUUGUUUUUAAAGGAAG